CUCAGCUGCACCUCUCGCAUCGCAGCUCCCCUCCAGCAUCGGCCCUUCCUCGGCACAGAAUCCAAUGAUCCAGAGAUGAACCAGGCCAGGCCUCGCUACGUCAUCGAGCGUCCUGCCUAUUCCCUCAGCCUCUUCGAUGAGGAGUUUGAGAAGAAAAGCAGAACUUACCCUGUCGGGGACAAACUGAGGAACCUCUUCAGAUGUUCAGCAUCCAGACUCAAGCUCAUCCUCUUCAGCCUCUUCCCAAUCCUCGUGUGGCUUCCCAAGUAUAAAAUCAAGGAGUAUAUUUUGCCUGAUGUUCUCGGGGGUGUCAGUGCAGGGACGAUCCAGGUGCCGCAAGGGAUGGCCUUUGCACUACUGGCCAAUCUGCCUCCUGUCAAUGGGCUCUACUCCUCCUUCUUCCCACUGGUAACAUACCUCUUCCUUGGGGGUAUCCAUCAGAUGGUCCCAGGUACUUUUGCAGUCAUCAGCAUUAUUGUUGGCAACGUCUGCAAUGAGCUGGCUCCGGAGUCGGACUUCCAGUACUUCAACCACACCACUAAUGAGACCAGCGUGAACACCACAGCCCUGGAGGCAGCCAGGCUGGAGAUCUCGGCCACCUUAGCCUGCCUCACUGCCAUCAUACAACUGUGCUUGGGAUUCGUGCAGUUUGGCUUUGUUGCCAUCUACCUCUCCGAGUCGUUCAUCAGGGGCUUCAUGACGGCAGCAGGGCUGCAGAUCCUCAUCUCCGUGCUCAAGUACGUCUUCGGCUUGACAGUCCCGUCUUACACCGGGCCCUUAGCUAUCGUCUAUACAUUCAUUGAUAUUUGUAAAGGUCUGCCCCAAACCAACAUGGCCUCCCUGGUCUAUGCCCUGGUCAGUGCUGUGCUCCUGAUCAUUGUCAAGGAGCUCAACCUAAAGUACAUGAAGAAGAUCCGGAUGCCCAUCCCCAUGGAGAUCAUCAUUGUAAUAGUUGCCACUGCCAUCUCUGGCAGCUUUAACAUGCCUGAGAAGUACGGCAUGCCAGUAGUUGGGAAGAUCAGCAUGGGGUUCCCAGCACCAACACUGCCCCUGGUGCACAAGUGGAAGGACAUGAUCGGCACUGCCUUCUCCCUCGCCAUCGUGAGCUACGUGAUCAACCUGGCCAUGGGGAGAACACUGGCAGCCAAGCACGGCUACGACGUGGACCCCAACCAGGAAAUGCUGGCCCUGGGCUGCAGCAACUUCUUCGGAUCCUUCUUCAAGAUCCACGUCAUCUGCUGUGCUCUCUCCGUCACUCUAGCCGUCGAUGGGGCAGGAGGGAAAUCCCAGGUGGCAAGUUUCUUUGUGGCCAUGGUGGUCAUGGUGACCAUGCUGGCGCUGGGCAUCUACCUCGAGCCCCUUCCAAAGUCUGUGCUGGGAGCCCUCAUCGCAGUGAACCUGAAGAACUCCCUCAAGCAGCUGGCGGAUCCAUUCUACCUGUGGAGGAAGAGCCGGCUGGACUGCCUGGUCUGGCUGGUGAGCUUCCUGUCCGCCUUCUUCCUGAGUCUUCCCUAUGGAGUCGCUGUGGGUGUGGGAUUUUCCGUGCUGGUCGUGGUUUUCCAUACCCAGUUCCGAAACGGCUCUGCCCUGGGGCAGAUCACUUCCACUGACAUCUACAAGAACCCGAAAGCCUACAACAAGGUGCAUGAACUCAAUGGCAUUAAAAUCGUGACCUACUGCUCUCCACUGUAUUUUGCCAACUCAGAGAUAUUCCGGGAGAAGAUCAUAGCCAAGACAGGGGUGGACCCUAGCAAAGUGUACCUGGCCAGGAAGAAGCACGUGAAGCGGCAGGAGAAGAGCACAGCACAAGCACCACCAAACCUACCCAAACUCCUGCUGAGGCAGAACAAGACCUUGUCCUUGCAAGAGCUCCAGAAAGACUUUGAGAGCAGCUCUCCGACAGACACCAACAACAACCAGACGACUGCUAACGGUGCCAGCAUCUCCUAUGUGACAUUCCAGCCCGCAGCCCUGGGCAGUGCUGGCUCCGGUGAGCUGGGCAGCACUAAUACUGUGCAAGGAAGCACUUUCCUGCCUGCAGCAGAGCUUGACCCGGUGAUGACAGCACCGCCCUACGUCAGCUUCCACACCAUCAUCCUGGACAUGAGUGGAGUGUGUUUUGUUGACCUCAUGGGCACAAAGGCACUGGGCAAGUUGUGUUCCAGUUACCAGAAGAUUGGGAUUAAAGUGUUCUUGGCAAAUGUGCAGGCUCAGGUUUACAAUGACAUUAGCACAGGAGGAGUCUUUGAGGAAGGAGGCCUGGACCGAAGUCACCUCUUCCUAACAAUCCAUGAUGCUGUCCUGUUUGCACUGGCAAAUAUCAACGAAGUUGUCCACCCGCCCAUCUUAGAAGAGAGGCCAGCCCAGACAGAGCUCUCCAUCUAUGAUGAGUCUGUGGAUGAAGGCAGCACAGAGUUCAAGAACCUGGAGGAGGAGAUGUUUGGAAGCAUGUUCCACUCAGAGACCCAGACAGCUCUGUGAGCACACAGGGAGUCUCAGCACAAGGGCAAACCCUCCCAAAGAGCCUCCUCUCUCCCAUCCCUUCGUGAAGAGCUGCACUUCUACCUGGGGGAUACAACAAGUUUGCAAAGCAAGAGGCCAUCACACCUCUUGAACUGGUACAUUCCUCCCUCCAUCCUGCUCUACUUCUGGUCUUGAGAGCAGGCUACAGAAACCCUGUGGAACCAGGAACUCAGGAAAUGCCAUCCCAUGAACUACAGAAGUGCAGUGAGUUCACUUCAAGGCAGGUGCCUUAACUCAGAGGACAAUUACUCACCAUUGCCAAGGGACCCAGCAUUCAAACUGAGAUCUGAGUGUAUUUUAUGCCUGCAAGUGGGGGGCAGUCCAAGUGAGAGCAGGACCAUCUCAGGCAAAGGAGCCUGCCUCACUAACACAAAGCCAGGCAGCUGGGAGCUUCAUCAUCCCCAAGUCUGACGUUCUCUUCUAUUGGAGUGAUGAUAAUAACAACUGCUAUUCUAGUUUCCUUUUCUGAUGCCUUCCCUUCUUACCCAGUGCUGAUGUUGUGACAGUAAUGACAAGUUGACAAUAUAAAGCCUGAAAAAUCAAAGCAUAAGCCAAGGCUUAAAGCACCCCUUCUUUCUUCAGUGCAUUUCAACCUCCAAUAUGGCUUUUACGGCAAUAAGAUUAGAAAAGAUUUAAGAUAAAGACACAUUGCAAUGAAAACCAUUUCUCUUGUUUGAAUUGCAAAUCUUCCUACAGAGUAUUGCCAGCACUGGGAUAAAAUGCGAGAGUCAACGAGAGAAAGUGAACAGUAAUGGAAGCAAAAGUGGACAGUUUGUGAUCUUCCCAUGAAUGCAAACAAAUAAUGGCCUUAAUAAUGAAAGUAAAUUAUAAUUUAAGAAGCAAUUUCUAUUUUAUUUCUCUAUUAAAAAUAUCAGCAAGCUUUAACGCACAGGUUUGAGCUACCUAUCCAUUAUUGAGCUGAUUCCCCAGCACAUUGCUAGAAGGCUCUGGGGCAACACUGGGGCUUUCCUCCAGCUCCCAGAUGUCUCAUGUAAGGAAACCAGAGCUUCAUGCACCAUCACAGACACCCAUCCAGGGAAGCAAUAGCAGGACUUUGCUGCUUUGGUUUUAGGUACCUAAGUCACCAUUUCUCUACCUCAGUUUCUGAUUAUGUGGUGCAGAAAGAAAUACAACCAAAGAGGGUUGGUUUCUAACAGGAAAACCCCACUAAGUAAUGGUUAUUACUUCUUUUAAUCUCAGUAGUGCUUUUCCCAGAACCAUGUAUAUAGCUUGUUCUAGAGAUAAAAUAGAGGUGAAUUCUCUCAUAUUACUCAUGGUAAUAAGUACGGUAAUGAUAAUGGUCAUGGUGAUUACUCAUGGACUUUUGCUACUUCCCGAGCGCUGCUUUUACUUGUUCACUGGAAGAAAGCAACCAAGUAAGUGGUGCAAUGGAACAAGAAACUCUCCUGCAGCAGCAGUUCCGUGGUUCUGUAUCCCUGAGGUGCAAUCGCACAACAUCAGUGGGCAAACGGCACUGCUGCAGGCACAGUCUUCAUUUCCAAGUGCAUGGGGAAGUGAAUUAGGGAAGCUGAAAUCAACGCCGGGGUUGGAAUAUUCGCAUUUCCAGUGUCCCUUUAUUGCUCUCCAAGCCAGCGCUGUUGAUGUGUGACGGCUCCGAAGCCUCACUCCAUAACCGCAGAUGUCCAAGCAGCUCAGAAAUGUCUGUAAUUUAUUUAAUUUAAUGUUGGUUUCAUCCUUUCUUUGUGAUAAUAAAGAACGCGUGAACACCGCUCUGC